CUCACCAACACUCAAGUCUCACGCAGAUUGGACCUAGCAGGUCUCUCCAUUUUUUGUGGAUCUCUCAGUCUGUCCUUUCUGAUCCUCCCUUAGCUGGCUGGGAGUCCUCCCUGAUGCCCAGUGACCAUCCUCUCAGCUACUUCUGCUCCUUCCUCCAACACGUUCCUACCAAGUGCUUAUUUAUGUGCAUGUUUGUGCCUAACCAUGUUUGUGCCUAACCAUGCUUGCAUGUGUUGAGAGACUCUGAACAGGAAUUACGGCCUUCACAAAGCCUGCUUUCUGAGGGGAGGGACAGGCGGCUGCUCCCUGUGAAUGGUGAGGCUCUGGACACACCCAGGAUAUGCUGGGAUGGAGAGGGGAGGAAAGUGAGGGGGGAGCUCAGGGAAGUCUUCGGGAGGAGUGCCCCAGGAAGAGGGCAGGCCAAGUGUGCUCGCUGCUGGUGCAAGUAGAGGCGAACAGCAGCUUCGUGGAAAACCCAGGAGUGGAAAACUUAGCGCCACAGCAGCUUGCCGUCGUUCAGGAUGGAGCCUGGCACUGGGCGCGACUCGACUUCUCAGGGAUGCCCCACACUCCAAUGAGAAGUGUGUGUGACCGUAGGUCCGUCACCACUGGGACACACGACCACUACGUCUACGUCCGUCACCUCCCGCACACACGACCUCAUAGUGGCCGAGGUCUAUGCCGGCUCCCUAGACUUUCAGGCGCAGGCUUCAAACAGCUACUGAUUGGUCUCUGGGCUCAGACUUCAUCUGGUGACAUGGCUAUGUGCACCAAGAAGGGCAAGGCUGUUGCUAAGUGUGGCAUCUGUUGUGGUGCCUCCCUCAGGAAAAUGGUGAAGAAAAUGGAAAUAAGCCAGCAUGCCAAGUACACCUGCUCCUCCUGUGGCAAAGCCAAGAUGAAGAGACCAGCUGUGGGGAUCUGGCAUUGGGGAUCCUGCAUGAAGACGUGGAACGCGUGCCACCUGGACCCACAGAACCACUUCUGCCAUCACAGUAUAGCCCGCCACCUGAAGACUGAGGAGCUGAAAGACCAGUAGAAGCUUCACCAUUUGAAACCUCGCUAGUCUGUAAUAAAUGGGUUAAUUUAUGUAAUAACAACAAACAAAACCCAGAUUUAUUAUCUUACAGUUCUGAAGGUCUGAAGUCCACGGGUCUCACUGGGCAAAACUCCAGGUGUUGGCAGGGCUGCGUUCCUGCUGAAGGCUUGAGGGGAGGAUGUUUUCUUGCCUUACCCAGCUUCCAGAGGCUGCCCACAUUCCUUGGCCCCCAACCUCUGGCCCCUUCCAUCUUCUAAGCCUGCAGUGACUGGACGUGUCUCUCAUGUCGCCCCUCUCUGCCACUCACUUCCGCCUCCAUCCUCAGCUUACAAGAACCCUUGUGCGUCAGGAUGAUCUCUUGAGGUCAGCUGAUGCACAGCCUUAAUUUCAUCUGCAACCUUAAUGCUCCUUUGCGGCAGCAGGUAGCACAUUCACAAAUUCUGGGGGAUGUGGCCGUGGAUGUCUCCAGGGGCGGUGGGCAUUAUUCUGCACACCACAGAUGGCCUGUCUCUUUCCAACUCUUUGGGCCUCUGACUCAUCCACAAACUCCUCAGAACCCAGCCUGUACCGGGUUUAUUACAUAUUUCAAUAAAUCUGAUUCAAAUGAUAUACUGAGAACUCAUUUGUGCUGGGUACUUUCGUACGUAUUAUCACGACUUUUGUUCCCAUUCUACAGGUGAGGAAAAUAAGGCUCAGAGAA